UUUGUUGUCGUCAAGAGAACAGCGUGACGUCAUCAUCGUGCGCCCCGUGUGCUGUUUGGGAAGUCGCGUCGUUCACCCUCCUCGACGAUCGAAGAAGCGAUUUUCUUCAAAAAAACAGCAGGAUGCCUCUACCUCCGGCCCUGAUGGCCCGUUUGGCCAAGAGAGGGAUUGUUAAACCAUCAGAGCAAGAGAUAGAUGAGGAGAUCAUCGCUGAAGAUUACGAUGACAACAACGUAGAUUACGAAGCCACCAGACUGGAGAGUCUACCACCCAAUUGGUACAAAGUGUUCGACCCUGCUUGUGGUCUUCCUUAUUACUGGAAUGUGGAGACAGAUUUGGUGGCCUGGCUGUCUCCGAACGACCCAAGUGCAGUGUUGACAAAACCUGCCAGGAAAAUUAGAGCCGAGGGUGGAGAUGAAAGAAUCGAGAGGCAGUUUGAGAAGCCAGACAGAGAGCGAGAGCGGGAGAGAGACAAGGAGCGAGAGAGGGAACGGGAAAGAGACCGAGAGAGGGAUGAAGGGAGGGAAAGAGACAGAAGAAAGCAGCGGAGAGAAGACAUGGCACCGUACAGUAAGAACAAAAGAGGGAAAAGAGAUGACGAGAUGGACCCCAUGGACCCGAGUGCUUAUUCUGAUGCCCCAAGGGGCACAUGGUCGAGCGGCCUGCCCAAACGUAAUGAAGCAAAGACGGGUGCAGACACCACGGCUGCAGGGCCUCUGUUCCAGCAGCGGCCGUACCCCAGUCCUGGAGCCGUGCUACGAGCCAACGCAGCAAACCAAAUACCCAAAGAGUGAUCAGAGCUCCCGGGUCCUAACAAAGACGCACCUAUACAGUUUGUUUUCCCCUUUGCUCACAUUUAAACAUCCGCCGUUACAGACUGACAUCUAAGUUUUAAUUCAUACGAGUGCUGAGCUUUUAUACCACCAGCACAUUCAUACUCUUGUCAGACAUGCAGAACAGUUGUAAAUAUGUUUUUAUAUGACCUUAAGAUGGACUUUUUCUGUAGUCACUAGGGCCAUCUGUUGACAUCAUUUGCUAAUAAAUGUAAAGAUAACUGUGAAAAGGACUCAUUGCAGCUUUCCUUUAUGUUGUAGUGGUAGAUCUUGUAAUAAAAUCUGUACAAAUAAGAA